AUGGCUGCUUCUCCCCUCGCCGUCCUCUCCGUCCUCGCCCUCCUCGCCGUGGCCGCCACGGCGCAGGCGCCCAGCGGGGCCCCCGCGGCCGCGCCCAUGGCCCCGGCGACCCCACCGCCGGCAUUGCCGCCCCCCGCCCGGGCGCCGGUCGCCCCGCCCACGACGGCGCCCGCGCCCGCGCCCAAGGUCGCGCCCACCCCGGCUCCCACGCCGUCCGCGUCCGCGCCGGCGCCCGAGGCCCCCGUCUCCUCCCCUCCCGCGCCCACCCCCGAGGGGUCCCCCUCACCCUCCGCCGAGCCGUCCACCCCGGCCAACGGCGCCGCCGGUCUCCGCCCCGCCUUCGCGUUCGCCGCCGCCGCCGUCGCCGCGGCCAUCUACGCCUUCUAG